UUACACGAUUUUUUCGUCUUUCAAGUUUCCGUACAUUAUAAUUAAAAAAGAUACCAAUAAAAUGCUAUUUACAAUAAAAGCGAACAUAUUAUUGUUCUCAUUGUAACCGUUUAGACAAACUUGCAAACCAUUUGUUUUAAUUAAUUAUUAAUCCGAUUGUUGUUUAAACGCAUCAAAAUUCCUCCUGCUGCGGUAAACGAAGGCUCUGCUCUCCGAACUACUGAUAAGUGGUUGGAGAUGUUGGCGGCAUGUGAAGCGGGGGAGAUAUUCGCGCUGCUGGAGGGUCGCGACGCGCUCGAUACCUUCGGCGCGCUGUACGGCAGUGUGCGCGAGCCGUGGCUCACGCGGGCGCUGCUGCUGUACCACGCGCGUACCGGCUCCGCGCGCGUGCUGGAGCUGCUGGCCCGCGCGCCCGAGCCGCACGCGCGCCACCUGCUGGACGCGCUCGCCGAGCAGCUGCGCGCCGAGCCGGGCGCCCGCGGCCUCGCGCUGGCCGCGCUCGCGCCGCUCAUCGCGCGCCGCCCCGCCUGGCUGCACCGCGUGCCCGCGCACCCCGUGGCCCGCGAACUGCUGCGCGCGGCCCGCCUGGAGCGCGAGCCGCUGCCGCUGCUGCACGCGCUGCUGGCGUUGGCCGCGCUGCUGCCCGCCGAGCCCGCGCUGGCCGCGCCGCACUGGCCCGAGCUGGCCGACGCGCUGCUGCGGCCCGCCGCGCUCGAGCCGCCGCCCGCGCCCGCCGCGCGCGACCACCUGCUGCUGGCCCAGCUGGCGCUCUUCCACGCGCUUUACGCCACACACCCCUGCACGUUGGUCGACACGCUGCGCGCCGAGUGCGCCGCGCCGGCCGCCCGCGAGGCCUGGGAGCGCGCGCUGGCCCCGCUGCUGCGCUCCGUGCGGCUGCACCCGGCGCUCGUGACGGGCUCCCGCCAGCGGGAGGCGGACGCGGCGCGGCGCUCGCGGCUCGAGCUGCACGACGUGCUGGCCGAGAGCCGCCGCCUGGCGCUGGGCCCGGCCCGCACCGACGAGCGCGCGCCCGCCGCGCCGGCGCCGUCGCCACUCGCGCCGCCGUCCCCGGCGCCCGGCUCGGGGGCGCACGCCGCGCGCGCCGCGUCGGCGCUGCGCCCCGGCUCGGAGCCCUGGUUUCCGUUGGUGGAUCGCUGCGGCGCCGAAUCCGCUCCCAAUACUCCGCUUCCGGCCGAGCCGGAGCCCGUCGAGCCGCCGGAGGCCGCCGUGGAGGCGACGCCGGAGAACACUCCGGCCAAGGAGACCAGGACUCAGUUUCGUUUUCCGAACGACUCGGGGGCCGUGCGCGCUAUCGGUCGACGACCCCGGCCGCCUUCGCCUCUGCGCAAAGAGAUGUCACCGCCGGCUGCGGGCGGCGGCGAGGCGUACUGCGGGCGGCUGGCGCGCGUGGCGCUGGAGCGGCGCGCGGCGGAGUCGCCGGUGCCGAUCGCGGGCGGGCCGCCGCCGGCCGGCGCCGUGCCGCGCCCCGAACCCAACCGAGCGCUGCCGCCCGCGCUGGCGCCCGACGCGGAGCCCCUCAACGUGGAGGACCGCGAGGUGCUGGAGCUGACGGAGCGCGCGGGCGGCGGCUGGCCGUGGCCGGACGCGGAGCGGCUGGUGCCGGCGGAGCGCGACCCCCGCGCGGGCCGGCCGCCGGCGCGCGCCGCCCGCGCCGCCCCGCCGCGCCGCGCCGCGUCGUGCUCGCCGAGCGUGCCCGCCGUGCGGACACAGAGCGUGGCCGUGCAGACCCUAGACGUUUGGCCUAAGCCCUACGAGUUCCUGAUAGCGGACUUCUACCGCAGUCUUCCUGAUGAUGAGCGAAAACAUCAGAUGCCGGAGCCGUCGGAACGACUCGACGCGUACCUCGCCGAGCUGUACUCGGGGCGCGGGGCCCCCGACGCCGGCGACCUCGGCUGCCAGCUGGCGCUCGUGCACGCGCAGCUGCAGUACGAGCGGUGGCGGCGCGAGGCGCACGCCGAGCGGAACCGGCGCCUGCUGGGCCGCUGUCGCGCCGCGCGCGCGCUCGAGCUGCAGAACGCCGCGCUGCGCGACCGGCUGCGGCAGCUCACGCGCGAGCGGGACGAGCUGCGCGCCCGGCCCGCCGCGCCGGCCGCGCCGCCCGCGCGGGACCGCGAGCGCGCGCUCGAGGCCGCGCUCGCCGCCGAGACGGCCGCGCGGGUGCGGGCCGAGGCCGCCGCGCGCGACGCCGACGCGCAGCGCGCGCACGAGGCCGCCGAGCUGCGGCGCGCCCGCGGCGAGGCCUUCGACACCGCGCGCCACGUGGAGGCCCUCGCGCGCGCGGCGCUGGCCGCCGAGCGCCGGGCCGAGCACGCGCGCCGCCUGCGCCGCGAGCUGCUGACCCUGGCGGAGCGGGAGGGCCGCGCCGGGCCGGCGGCGGCGCCGCUGGAGCGCGCGGAGGGCGAGCGGGCCGCGGAGGAGGCGCGCGCGCUGCGGGCGGCACUGGCGCGCGCCGAGGCCGACGCGGAGGCGGCCGGGCUGCGCGCCGAGGCGGCGGCGGCGCGCGCGCACGAGCUGGAGGCGGCGCUGGCGGCGCGCGACGCGGCCGCGGCCGAGCUGCGGCGGCAGGCGCGCCGGGCGGCCGACGAGCACGCGGCCCGCUCGCGCGCGCUGCGGGACAAGUACGGCGCGCUGCUGCGGGUGGCGCGCGCGGCCGAGGCGCACCGCCUGGAGCGGCUGGCGGCCGCGGGCCCGGCGCCCGAGCGCGGCUAGGGGCCCGCGGCCGGAUCUUUGUUCGUCGCUUUUUGUGCUUCUUUAUUAAAAGUUGGCCGCGCGCGGUGUCGGCCCCGGUCGGCCGGGCUCGUGGGGAAGGUCGGCCUCGCUCGUCAUCGAGCUGUGUUGACGAGUGUAUAGUGGAGUGCUAUUAUUUUUAUGUUUAUUGUGCGCGGGCGGUUGAUAGUUGCGUAUCGCGUCGCGUCUCUUACUGAGCCAAAGUGUUGCUAUAGAAGUUGAAAGAAUUGUGAAACUUUCAGUGAUCGGAUCCCUCCGUCUUUCUACAAAGCGGCCUGCUAAAUUGUCAAUAAUACUUUCAAUCAAUUAUUGGUGCACCAAACUAAUGUAAUUACUGAUCUUUUCUUAUUUACUUCGUUAAUUAUUAUUUUUUCAAUUUUCUUCAAAUCAAUGAAUAUGUUUAACAGCCAGUUGUCCGACAGUAAAACUGGCCAGUUUUUGUUACCCUACAUAAUUAAGUAUAAGCUUAUAAUAAUCGGUGUAGAGUCUGUGGAUUAACAGGUAUGUGUCCAAGGUUGCGGCAGUCUGUGAGCGAGCAUGUCUUACUUUUGUAUGUUUAAGCUAUAUUACUGUAUAUGGAACUGCUACGUCUGUUUUUCUAAUGUUUGGUUCCAUAACCUGCAGUAAAAAUUUUAACUAUAUUAAAUGAUCAACUUUGUCAAAUGCUUUGCACAAGUCUGUAUACACGAAAAGAACCAUCUGUCUACCAAAAAACUCUGAUCCAUAAUUUUAAGUAUAGAGGUUGUUAUAUAAUAUUUAUUUUGACACAACAAUUGGGACUUAAAAAAUUUAUGCUGGGAUGAAUGAUCUAAUGUUAUAAGAGGAAGAAGUUCCUACUUGGUUUAUAUAUUUACUGGGAGUCCUAGAAUAUUUGGCCACACUCAGAUUGGUUAUGAGUUAUGACAAAUAUUCAAUUGUUUAAUGUUGUGUAUUGAUUACUUUGAGUUUUAGCUGUCUUUAAAUCUUGAUAUAAGCCAAAUAGAACUUGUUAUCAUCGGGCGCACCAUGAAAUUAUUUAAAGAUGGCAACAAAACAUUUAUGAAGAUCGUCAACAAUGUCUCGUCAUUGACAGUCCCUGGGUCAGGCACACGUUAUUUUGUUAAUGUCUGUAAUAUUAACACAAUGUAUCAGUUUAUGUUCGUUGUAUCGAACAGUGAGUUACUAUGUAAACGCAGCCUUUCAUUUAAUAGAACGGCCACGCCCACUCACAUUUAUUAUUUACAGCCGGCAAAAAAAACUUUGUCGCCGCUCCCAUGAACAGAGUUGUGAAGGGAGCAGUUCUUGGGAAUGCAUAAUUACAUGACGUCAUUAGCUUGUUGCUCUUUUUGGAAUGAUAGUUAGACCCCAGUUCUUUGUACUGUGCCCAGGGUCUCGACGAUAGCGGGGCGAACGUUGCGAGUUGGUUGGCUGCGCCGUUUGUUUAUAUAGACCUAGUACUUUGAAUUAUAAAAUAAAACAAAUUGCUAAAUCAUCUUUGUUUUUAAAACUAAGUUUGAAUGAUAUACAAGUAUUAUUGACUAGGUACUCAGUUCCCAGUUCCUGUCUCCCGUAUGUUUCUGAUUAGGACAAAAUGAAAGAAGAUAUAUUGUUUAUAUUUUGUUAAAUUUACACGUUUCUCACGUUUCAUGUUUAAACAUUACAUAGAAUAAUAAACAUAUAGAGAGCCGACACCGCGACAUUGAGCACUUAGUACUGAUGAUUUUUGUAAUUGUUUAAUAUCAAAUGUGAUAAAAAUAAAUAAAUAAAUAUAUAUAUGUGUUAAAGUGAAGGUUUACUGUAAUUACGUAUUAUAUUAUAUCAUUUGAAGAUA